GCAUUGGACUACAUUUGAAUAGUUUGAUUUGCAAGUCAAGUCGGCCUGUUCGUUAUUUUGUCUGGCAGAGGUCCCAUUGUUAAAACAACAGUUGAAUUGAAAUGACAUUAAGCACAAAUGGCCUGAAUACAUUUCUGGUUAGCAAUGGCGUACUGGUGCUUGUGUGCUUGGCUGCGACUUGGUAUGGAGCCAUUAAAAAGAAAACAAAAGAGAAACAACUUCGGGAGAAAAUUUUAUCGAGCCCAGAAACAUCAUGGAAGAAAGUAGCCAGGGUCACGGAGCUUUUUUGCUAUCCGCUGAAAUCGGGCAAAGCUAAAUCCGUGGAAGAAUGUUACUUCAGUGAAUACGGUAUCGUUGCCGACGAUAACGUUGGUCCUAUCGAAGAUAGGAUGUUCGUAGCUUACGACGAGAAAACGAGAAAAUCCGUGACGGCUGGCACUUACAGGAAAUUGCUCGUAGUCAAAUUGUUUUUCGUGAGUAAAAAUCGAGCGAGACUCGAGGUUGAGAACGCGUUACCGCUGGAGUUUGAUUUGCCAGACUUAAAGUCGCAACCGGUUCCGAUCACAAUGUGGAUUGGCGAACAAGUUAAUGGCAUUGAUUGCGGAGCCGAACCCAGCAGGUGGCUCUCGCGAUACUUGAGUGGAUCGGAUUACGGGAUAAGGUUGGCUGUACGAAUUCCAGGCCAAAGACGGAACGUUACGGAUGGACCAUGGAAAUCCUACGCCAAAGCUUACGAACGCCUGCGGAAUGAAGAUUCAGGUCUAUUCGCAUAUUUAGCCAGUUUCAUGUUGAUAUCGGAAGACUCCGUGAACGACCUGAACGGGCGCUUGGACAAUCCGAUCUUGCCUAUUCAACUGCGGCCAAACAUCGUGGUGCAAGGUUGCGGACCGUACGCCGAGGAUGGCUGGGAUUGGAUGAAAAUCGGCGAUCGAGCGAUCAUCCGAAGAUUCAAGCUGUGCACGAGGUGGGCGCACUCGUUAUUAGCUCUCGAGCGGCGCUGCAAAUUCACUCUUGCCAUUGUGCAGGUGUACCAUGACGACGGUCAACCCCGAGACCGGCAUACCCGAUCCCAAGUGCGAGCCGCUGAGAACGUUGCGCAGCUACCGCAAAUUACGAGAUCCCGUGCUCCACAAACUGGAAUUUUACUCGCCCGCGAUGGGCGUUUACUGCGGGCUUUACCGCACCGGGACCGUUCGUGUCGACGACGAUGUUUAUGUUUAUCGAGAAGUUUAAAGAUCAAGUCCCACAAUCGACCGCGCGACUCUUGAUAACGUAAUGUAUCUCUAGGAUAUGCACGGUAGAUAAUAAUAUUCAAAUUUCUAUCUGUUUUUAUGCACUUAUCGCACGAUCGAGCGAGGUUUCGGUAAGUGAUGCUCGAUUGUCGUAUACACAUUGGCUGUACGUGUUGUUCUCGUUAUCUCUUCUG